AUGCGGUGGCGUUUCCGUUUAGGUCGUGUCAUCAUCCACUCCGUCUCCAGUAAGUUCAUUCUCAUGUGCAAUUUCUUUGUUGCUCAUUACUCGAAUUUAGCAUUUCAAGUUCACUACAGUGAACGACUAGGUUUAAUUAUAAAAAGAAAAAAGAAGGCAAACAAUGCUUUUAAAUAUUGGUGCUCGAUCAAAGUUCAGUGGAUCAUUCACCCGAGUUACUAUGGUAAAAGCUUUUCAUUUAGCUGUGGAUCCAUUCAGAUAUUCAUUACUAACUUCAUCAAUUGGCUUUAUAUACAGGAUGGUUCCAAAGUUUUAGUUAAAGGAAACGCUUGUUCUGAUUCUCAUGAUUCAUUGCUUAAAGGUCAUAAAAACCAGCGUGAUUCAUCAAAAAAGAUGCCAUUGGAGAGUGGAAGAAUGCCAACAACAAACAAGAAUAUCCUUCGGUUGCUCCAUGAUUUUACUAAUCAGUUCCUGUUAGGAGGGUAUAAUGGUAAUUACUGUAUUCUCAAUGAAACUAUAUGUUGUUAUCCGUGGUGUCAUUACUCAUUACUAAUCAGUCCAUAUGUAUUCUCAAUAGUGUUAAUGCAGUCAAUUCGUGAGGAUAUUGAGAAAGAACACCAUGUUAUUGAAAACACCGAUGUUGUUAUAUUCUUCCAGGUUGCUGAAUUUAUUAUGUCUUUCCAGAAUCACAAGUUACUUGCUAGCUGUGGGAUUUGUUUUACAAUUUUCGCACCAUUUGUCAGCGAAUGGGUCCCCUUUUACUACACCAGUUCCAUGGCUAUUGGAGUUCUAGUUGUUGUUCUCAUAUUACUCUAUCAGGCAAGGAAAUUGUUGCCAACUGGCAGGAGAAAUGCAUUUUACCUUGGUAUAAUGUCCACAGUAGAUCUUUUUGUGGUGCAUAGCCUCUCAACAUUUCUGAAUUCAUUACUCCAAAACUUUGGGUUAAGUCAAGAAGUCCAGAACCCAGUUUCUGUUUUUAUGGUGCUUGGAAUCAUUUUGUUAGGAGCUGCUUUCGGAUAUUGGCUGGUGAGGAAAUAUAUUAUUUCUGAAGAUGGAGAAGUUGAUGUUGGAGUUGCAGUCACAUCUAUUAUCCUCAGCACGAAAGACACCCCUUUGGCAAUGGCUGCAGUGGGGUCUUGUUUGGGUGUAUACUACAUGAUCACGAAGAUUGUAAGGAAAAUGCCAUGUAGGAUCUAUGCAACCCUCAAAGAGCUCAACGUUGAAUGUAUCAUUCCAUUGGAAUGGACGAUUCUUGAAUGA